AAUGUAGGGAAGAAUAUGAAUCGUUGCACACGGGCCAUCCACUUUACAGCAUUGUAACCAACAAUUUCCAAGCGAGUAUACUUUUCAACUUUUCUAAAACAAGUUCUACCGACAAGACAAAUCGAUCGGUAGAACAAGUACCUAAAAAACACGCGCAGGCGUUGCGCUGCUCCAUGCAUCCCCCACUGACGCUGCUUUCUAAUAACGACUUCACUCCGCGAUGUCGAACGAAGCAGUGAUCAUCGAAGCUGAUAGCAACAGCAACAGUGAUUACAGUCUUCAAUUGAAUCGAUGGUUCUUGAAACCGAUCGGUGCAUGGCCAUCGUCUCCAUCCACCACAAGACUAGAAAAGAUAAUUUCGUUUCUUUUAAACACCGUUUGCUACAGCACCGUAAUUAUCACUGCAAUUCCCAGUGUAGUGCAACUGAUUCUAGAAGACGAGAGCAUUAACUUGAAAUUGAAGAGCCUAGAUUUCUUGAGUCAUUUAAUCGUCAGUAGCUUUACUUAUAGUGUGUUGUUAUUACACAACAAAGACAUACGACGAUGCGUAGAACACAUGAAAGCUGACUGGCGAGCAGUGACCAGGAAGGAGGAUCAACACGUAAUGAUGAAGAACGCGAAAUUCGGUCGUUACGUAGCAGCUUUUUGCGCAAUUUUUGUACAAGGUAGCGUUUUGUGCUUUUGUUUCGUGACGGCACUAAAUACACUCGAGAUUCAAAUUGGAAACGAGACGAGAAUUUUACACGUGUUACCUUGUGCAGUAUACAAGAAGCUGGUAAACGUCGACGAAAGUCCAACAAACGAAUUCAUGAUUUUCUUGCAAAUUUGGUCUACUUUUAUCGCAAAUUGUAGUACAGUUGCGAUCUUUAGUCUUGCAGCAGUUCUAGCUGCUCACGCGUGCGGUCAGCUGAAUGUUGUUAUGUUAUGGAUUGUUGAAUUUGUCAAUGAAGCCAAAGUAGAGAGAAGAACCGAUGGUUUUAUGAAAAUUGGAAUAAUCGUGGAACGACAUCUGAGGACAUUGAAUUUCAUAUCAUAUAUCGAGCGUGUGAUGAAUAAAAUCUGUUUUUUGGAAAUGUUAAGAUGCACGAUGGAUAUAUGUGUAAUUGGCUACUUCAUUGUGUCGGAAUGGGCGGAGCAUGAUGUUCGAAAUUUGGCAUCAUACUUUAUGAUGUUUGUUGCAAUCUGUUAUAACAUUUUCAUACUAUGUUACAUUGGUGAACUGUUAACGGAGCAGUGCAAGAAAAUUGGCGAAGUCGUCUACAUGACGAACUGGUAUCACUUACCCGGUAAAACGAUCCUCGACUUGAUUAUGGUCAUCGCACGAUCAAAUGUGGUCGUUCAAAUCACUGCCGGAAAAUUAGUUCAUAUGUCCGUUUAUACAUUUGGUAGUGUUGUGAAGACAGGUUUUGCAUACUUGAAUCUGUUNGCAGCAAAUGACGUAAUAAAAUGGACUCCUGGAAAAAUAUAUUGUGUUUUUAAUAACUUAGUAUAUAAAGUACAAAAUAUACGUAAAUAUCGCAUAAAAUUUUGUAUGUUAAGAAUUAACAAGCUAGAAGUUGUGAAUUUCAAACAGAAAAAGUUCUUUGUUUUUUCCAACUUUGUUAUUUCCGCAUUUAAUUACGAUUGAAAUGCAUUAAUAAUGAGACUACAACGAAAUUUGAAAUGAGAUCUAAUCACGAUACAGGAAUCUAUGUCUAUGCAAGUAAAAUUGCCUUAAUAUAACCUGAUAUCCAUUUCUAAAUAUUUUGGCUGUUAAUUAGCUGAUGUAAAAUGAAAACAAAAAUUAAGCUUCAGUAAUUAUAGUAAAAAUACAGGUUGAACCACGUAUGUAACUUUCGCGAAGAUUUUUCAGCCACAUCCGAAUAUUUGAUAAAAAAAUGUUUUGGAUGAAAGUUAUUUAAGUUUCAACCGUCUGGAAUUUACGAUACGAGAAAUUUAUUGAAAAUUGUUGUUUUUAAUAACACUACGUAUUCCUGUCUUCAUACUACUUUGACUGAUAUUAAGAUUUGUUCAAUGUUAUACUGUUCUUUGAUCUGAAAACAACCCUAAAUUUAGAAGUAUUAGAUUAAACAGAGGAAAUAUUAUCGUUGAAGAUUAUUUUAUUUCAACCAAGUCACGACAAGGUGGCCUUGAGUCCUUAUUGAAAAAGCAAUAUUUAGGAAAUUUUUUAUAUAGCUUAUAUGUUACAAGAUAAUUUUCAGUAUACAGUUCCCUUAAAUUUUUUCUGUCACAAAUUCCAAAAAAAUAAUUUCAUUCGACUUGACACUCGGCAAUACUCUCCCUGCACUGAGCAGGCAUAGUGAUAUUCUGGCAUGCAACGUGAAUAAAGGUUUUAAGAAGAUGAUGUUUCGUGUGGAGAAUGGCAGAUUUUUCAUGUACCCGUUACCUCGACCGGUUUAAACGAACCUAUUGGGCAUUAGAUUCAGACGAAUGAGAUCGUGCUCACCAUGUAGAUCCUUUCUAGGAUCAUCUUGACCACUGUCACGGUGGGAGCUUCUGAUUGAGUUGGUGGGGUGUACUAUGAAGGUGUGUUUAAUCAUACAUCAUUGUCUUACGGUAUGUUUCAAAAUAGGAAUAAAAGAAAUAAUUUAUAUAUUGAAAAUGUGUGCAUAUCUUCUAGUUAGAGUUAAAAUGAAUCAAACAUUGAGAUAUCUUUUAACAUAAAUAAAUUAGCGUUAAAUACAGAAGCGUGACUCAUACGUUGACUUUUCUACUUAAUUCGCACUAGCAUUUGUACGACACACAUAUUUUAAUUUCUCAGGAAAAAUUGAAGG